UUGAACGCUGCGCUGCCCAAAACGCAUGUGAGGCCAGCGUUCCCCGGGCGCAGCGUGGGGCGUGUCGCUACCCAUCACACGUGGUUGAAACGGGGCGUGAGGGAGAGUGACCAGUGGUGACUCGCCUCUGCUUUGCUACUGCGGCGUUGCGUGUCAGCUAGCUCUAGGGGCGGGGCGCUAGUGCGCUACGGCCGGCCAUGGCCGCCGUGGCAAAUACAGCCGCCCGUGGUCACCAGCCGUGGGCGCUGGCUGCGGCGAGCGCCAAUCGCAGCAGCGGCCGUCCAGCUGCCACCACGGCGACCAGAGCGCUGGUUAGCACGGGAUUUGCCGGUGCCCCGAAUGCGUGGGCAGCGGGAAGGCCGCCGCGGCGCGCCGUGGUGGCGGCGAGGACCAAGGCCGGCGCGGCCGAGGUGCGGCCGUCGUCGCCGGACGCCGUGACCUACAGCGCGAGCAUCUCCACCAACACGCCCCUCCACGAACCCCCCGGGGCCUCCUUCGACGAGUACCUCCAGGACCGCGCGCGCGUGUUCCGCGCCAUGUUCCCCGACGAGAGCAGGAGCCAGCGGAUCGGCGAUGGGGAGUGGCGGGUCCAGAUGCUGCCGCUGCAGUUCCUCCUCGUCACCGUGCGCCCCGUGGUCGUCAUGCAGCUGCGGCACCGCGCCGGCGGGCUCGACCUCCGAAUCACGGAGUGGGAGCUGCGGGGGCUGGACCGCGACCACGCGCCCUCGAGCUUCGACCUCGGCGUGAGCGGGUCGCUGUACGCGGACCGGAGCCUACGCGGCCGCCGCGCCGGGUGCCGGAUGAGGGGCCACCUCGAGAUCUCCAUCACCGCCGUCCUGCCGCCGCCCCUGCGCCUCGUGCCGGAGAGCGUCCUGCGCGGCGUCGCCGAAUCGGUCCUGUCGACGCUAGCGGAGAAGAUGAAGCGGGACGUGGACGUGAGCCUCAUCGCCGACUUCCAGAGGUUCCGCCGGGAGAAGGCAGCAGCAGCGUCCAGGGCCAGGCCAACGCUGGACGUGACGGCAUCAGCCGCCAGAGACGAAGCCUCUGAAAGCUAGAAUUCGCUGAUGAUCCUAGCCUGGUGUGCCUUCCUCCCUUGUACAUGUAGAGUCAUCAUCUCUGUGUGCAACAUGAAUACAUGAUUCAUUUACA